AAGCAACGAAACUACACUAGACACACCCAACAAAAUCUAUCAAAAAAGGAAGCUAUGCACAAUUAGACCUAAUCGCAUGAAGAAAAUCUGAUUCCAAACCAAGUUAGGGCAAACGAGUCGGUCAAGUGGCGUUCUGAAUUUUAUCCUUAAAUACCUCCAUCCCCGUCUCAACUUUCUUUCUUCUCACAUACUCUCUCCUCCAUCGACUCAAAAACACCACCAAAAUGUCCCCAACAGCAACCACCACCACUACUAAACAAGAUGCUUCGCAAGAAAUCCCAGAAUUAAAAACCUACCCCGCCACCCAAAAGGAAGACCUCAUCCCCGCCCUCCGCCUCAUCGCCGACUCCGUCGCACAACAGCGCCAAACCGCCGCCCGCGCUCUCAUCUUCCACCCCCUCUGGCUAUCGGCCAUGACCGCGGUGAUCGCAAUCGUCUAUAAAGCGCUGUACACAGAUUCGUCUGACCUCCCGCUGAUCGGGACGACGAGCGCGGGGUGCGUGAUGGCGGGGUUGUUGGUUGAGGCGGAGAGGGUUGGAAAAUGGGAGUGGCUCAACGCUUGCUCUAGCGCUGGCCCUAAAGAACAGGGGCAAGGGCAAGGGGAGGAGCAGGAGGUUCUUGUGACGAAGUUCGGGGAGAGGAUUAUUGGGGCGGUUGUGCUGCGUGGUGUUCUUCCUGCCGAGCAAGGAAAAGUGAACGGGGUUAUUCGGGCGUGGACGGUUGAGAGGCGGUAUCGCGGGAAAGGGGAGGCGGUUGAGAUGUGCAGACUGAAGGGAUGGGAGGGGCCGGUGUUUGAUGAGCAGCAUGCGAAUGCGAAGAGGGUGUUACCGGGGUUGUUUAAUGGGGACUGCAAUAAGGGAUUUGCUUACAGCACUAAUGUGCAGUUAUCCAAUCUGCAUAGAUACAGUAGGUUGAAGAUCGGAGUGUAG